AUGGCUCCUACACCCUUCUCCCAAGAGGCCCCGAUUGAUGUCGGUCCACCACAAGUGCCUAUCACCACCUCUCCCCUGAAGCAGCUUCGUGCUCCUCCAAUUCCAUUUGUCCCACGUUCCGAGUCACUCUUGUCAUCAUCGUCGCCCCCCUCGGAGGUACUACAAGUGGAGUUCUACAAUUGCCGUCCCGAAGCCCCAGCUAUCUUCUCUACAAGAUAUGGAACUCGUGCGAAGCGCAGACUAGUCCAGCCAUAUCCUGCCCCGAUCAUCCGAACAAAUGCUCUCGGCGAUGUGGCUAUCAAAUCGAACCAGCUCUUGGAAGAAUUUCCGGACGCUCAGAAUUUUCUCAAUGUGCCCUUUGACUGGCUUAUACUCCACGAUUUCUUCGAUGGUUAUGAUCUCUGGGUAGAAGGUGCCACGUUCUGCUUCCAUGUCAUGCUUGCUAUCUGCGGAAAGAACAUUACUCGACACGAAGAGCUCGCCCAAGUUAGCCACGACCAACGUCUGGAGAUCGACAGGUUCGCCAACGACUGGGUCUGCUCGCACAGUGCUAUUGUCAGAGCCAACCUCAAGGUUGAGAAGAUGACAACGCUUUUCAACGACGUCGAUCGUGCUGAGCUAAUUGGAAUGACUGAGGCUGAGAUUACAAUUCUAAACCAGGGUUUGGAUUACCACAGACAGCACUAUUUGGAAUACUUUACUCAGUCAACGCGCACACCAAUGGAACCUCGCUCGUCCUUCCCAUAUCAUGAUCAGCAAAUGAUCAAUCAAGAAGGCUAUGCUAUUUCAGCACCAGAUGUUUCUCUCAAUCGGACCUCAAUGGUACAUCAAACUAUGCCACAAGCACAGCGAGUCCGCCAGGAUCCCAUCUCUUUGGUGCCAAGCUGUGCAGCACAAGACCAGCAACUCGUACGGCGCAGUUCUUUCCAGGGACAGCAAGCUCAUCAUCAUGCCCACGGUUAUAAUGUUGGCUUUGAUACUCGACGUCAUAUCACUCCAAAUGUUCAUCGGAUCCAAGGAUACGCCAACAACGUUCCAGGUGCGCAUCGAUCGCAGCGUCAUCGAGGACUCUCGAACAGCUCCCAGAAUGCUCGGGGUCGGGAAUUCUCUUACAUUUAUUCACAGGGUAAUAAUCGAAGAUAUCCAUCGGACAUCGAAGGACAUUCAUCUGGAAACACACCAUCGAAGGAACCAAUCUAUGUUCGUCAAAAAUCACCUCUAAUUCAGCAUGCGAGUCAUAUAUCCGCCGCAAAUCGCGUUGUUUCUGAUCCAGCACCGACAGUUCCCUUCUACUCUGCAAAGCGUUUAGGCGGCAGUGUUCGUCGGGUAAUCUCCCCUUUGAAUCGUGAGCGAAAGUUCCACAACACUCAGAGCAUGUCCACUUCGCCAGUAAGCAAUGGAUACCCGAGAACACCUCGACGAUAUCCAUCGGGAUCCUCCCCUAUUCAAGGUCCAAGAAUCCUGCCUGUUAGCCCAAUCAACUGCAAGCCACAAAGCAACGAUGCUAGAAUCAACGCCACGACUGAGAGAGAGUAUCCUUGGAUGGAGCAUCAUGAUACCAACAACUCUCUGACACUCCAUUACAGACCUGGUUGUCGGGACUACGAGAGCCUUCGUACUUUGCAUAUAUCAGGCUUCCACGAAGCUAUGUUUUAUGAUCACUUUCUAAAGGAGUCAUUGGAGGAAUGCGGCAAGGUCAUCAGCAUCCACUACCUUCCUCUUGGUGCACCUCGCGCUUUUGUCACAUUCGUUGAGAGUAGCUCGGUACAAGCUGCCAUCCUCCGGUAUAAUCAAACAGUCUUGCCCUCCGGUCACAAGCUUAGCGCAGGAGUGCCAAAUAAUCUGGAUCGGCCGCGAGCAGGUAGUAACGCAAGCCAAAGCUACCGCAACGGGCAGUACAACUCGUCAAGAGAUUUCGAACCUCGCUCCAGACGCCAUUCGUUCCGCAAUUAUUUAAAUGGCUACCAUACUGGAACCAGCAGUAGGCGUCCAUCCGUUGUUCAGAGCCCCAAUACUCCUCCGAGUCUUCUUGUAGACCAGCUCCGAUCCACAAUCAACGAAGUGGUAAAUCACCAAUCAGCUCUAGAGCGUCAUGUAUACAUACCUCUGGGACGUAUUGACAAUAUUCAAAAUCUUACCAAGGCGGGCAAUGGGGUGGUUGGAAUCCAGCAGCCAAUUAUGGGCCAAACUGGGAACAAUACAAAGGAGAACGUCUCGCCAAGCAAGAAGGCAGCAUCACAAGUAAACAGAGAAAACGUGUCUCCGAGAAAGAACACAAGCAACAAGAAGUCUAGCUGCAAGCACCAGAAGGGCUCGAAGCAAAACACCUCCACCCGACCUACACCAGCUGUCACUCCGGUGAAGUCCAAUUCGGUUGCUGAUCUCAAGGAAGUCAAAAAACUUCAUAUCUCUACCGAGUUACUCAAGUCGUCAAUUGGUAACGGGCCCCGAAAAAAUCCUCGUAACGAUGUCAAGAAGAAUAGCUUCAAGCCCAAGAACCUGCACGACUCGUCCAAGAGUGAUGGGUCGUUCAAUACAGACAGCACUUCGGAUGCUACUCUCUCACCACUUGACUCCAGGCCAAUGACACAAGAUAUUUCCUUCAGUGCCGGGUCGGGCCGCAAGCACUCUCAAGCUUCCUCCGCGAAGAUCUCUAAAUCUCGAAGCGCAGUCGAUGUACCUAGCCUUGCAAGAGCAAUUACCAGUAAACUCAAGUCCAAGACGAACAACAAGUCUCGAGGACAUAAGCAGAACCCCAACAUAUUGGAUGAGCAGGUAAAGACUGCUGUUGAAGAUACAGUCGAAGCUCCUAAGGAAGUUGAGACAGAGGACAAGAAGGAUAAGGGAGCAGUAAUGGGCUAUUCAAAGAAGGCCAGUGGCGUCUCUAUAACCAGCAAUCAUUCUUUGAGAAAGGCUGAUGGAGCUUUGGCGCAAGCUGUCACAAAUGAGCUUUGUGUCUCUGCAUCUUCUCCAGAAGUGAAGAGCAUGGGAAGCAAGGGAAAGUUGGAAGACCCUACAUUGGGCAUCGAUGCUGUCAAUCCAUCUUCUAUCAGCCCCGAGAUUCUUUCGCCUCAGAUCAACGACAAGGAAUGGCCAUCUCUUGCCAAGUCUCAAGUCAUGCCUUCGGAUGUUGAGCGUCUUCCGCCACCUGUCAUGGGGCCGUUGACCAGCGUUCCUGCAGGCAACAAGAAGUCUACUAAGUCUGCCGUUCCUGCCGUGGCUGUCCCGCGUGCUUUUGAGACGCGCCUUCAGCAGCCGUAA